AUGGAUUUUCCAGAACUAAAUAAAUUCGCAGUUCUUCUCUGGAAGAAUUUUACUUUAAAGAGGCGACAAGUUAUUGUUCUAUGUGUGGAAAUCCUGCUAACGUUAUUAUUUGCUGGUACGCUUUUGUUAGCACGUCAUUCUGUUAAUAUAAGGAACGUUGGACCUUUACAUUACCCUCCGAUAUCCUAUGAUUAUUUAUCUUCUUUCUUGAAAUAUCCUGAUAAUUCUCCUGGGCCAUUGGAAUUGGCUUAUGUGCCUUCCAAAAGUAUCGUGGUAAAGUCUAUCGUUGAACUUGUGCUAUUGGAUUUAAACAUGAAUUUGAAAGGUUAG